GUCAUCCUCGUCUCCGGAAUCUUCUGCUUCGCCUUCAUCCACAGCAAUGCCUUCCGCAUCCUCGUCCUCUUCAUCAUCCUCAAUUUCCGACUCGGACAAGUCAGCUUCGUCGUCAAGCUCCUCCGGCUCUUUAAUCUGAACCUCCGUUUUCUUGGAGCUGUGCUCGACUUUCCGCCUUUUUCGAGCAGGCCCAUUGGUAUCUUGGCCAGCGUUGAACAGCUGCAAUAGUGUAUUGUAUGGCUUCGAUGUCUUUUUGUCUUCCUCGUCGUCAUCGUCACUGCCGGAAGACAGCUCGUCAAUUAAUUCUACCUCAUCCUCUGCAUCUACAUUGCCCUCAGAUAAGCCAGAUUCACCAUCGGAGGAAGCUUCAUGGCUUGGCUAUAAUUAGUUAUUGUCAUGUAGAACUUGGAGAUAGAGAGAGAAACCUACUGAACUUCUUCGACCCUGGAGGUUUCGAAUCUUGGCUUUCGGCCGCCGCGCUGCCCUCUUCCACGGCCUCCUCUGGCGCCUCGAGAAUUGAAAGGCCUACUACCUCUUCCGCGUGGUGCGACCAUCUCGAAAUAAGUUACUCUAACGCUUUAUUACCGUGUGUUGCGUUGUUGUUGUGCUUUCCUCUAUGAAAUGCGCCCCAGCCAAAAAUAUAUAUUUUCUGGUUGAGUGUUUGGUGGAUCUUAUCUUAUCUUAGCGUGAAAUCUCCUCUUGGGUCCGCACACACAAUUUGAGCCCCAUUUGUUGACGACCGCAAUAGCAAUUCUCCACGCCAACAAGACUCUCCCACCGCCGAUACUGACGCUUGUGACGCCUGUGACGUGGGAUCAAAUUACAGAUAUAACUGCCCAGCAUGGCUGAUACCGAUUCGUUCCUCCAUCUCUCGCGGCCUCUGGGCCCUGCAGCCAUUGGCACUCAACCCUCCACCGCCCCUCUCAACGUUGUGAUACAACCACAAGCGAUUUUCUCUAUCCUCGAUCAUUCCCUUCGUCGCAAUGCUGACCAGGAGCGGGUCAUCGGUACUCUUCUGGGAACCCGAUCCGAGGAUGGCACCGAAGUUGAGAUUCGCUCCUGUUUCGCCGUAGGACACACGGAAACAACCGAUCAAGUCGAGGUUGAUAUGGAAUACCAGAAGCAAAUGCUUGCUCUACACUUGAAAGCUAACCCCAAGGAAGUUCUUGUGGGUUGGUACGCGACAUCCUCAGAACUGAAUACCUUCUCCGCGCUCAUUCAGAACUUCUAUGGCGGCUCAGGUGAUGGAACAUGGCCUCACCCAGCCGUACAUCUAACUGUAUCUACAGUUCCUGGGAAGGACAUUGAGACUAGAACGUACAUUUCAGCGCCUGUUGGCGUGACAGCAGAAAGGGCCGCUGACAGCGCUGCAUUCAUACCCGUUCCUUAUGAAAUCAGAUACGGCGACGCCGAGAAGAAUGGCUUGGAGGCGAUCGCUGCUGCAAGGGACAGUGAAAAUCGGACUGCCAAUUUGUUCACAGAUAUUGAGGCCCUAGAAAAAGCCAUCGAGGACGUUUUGGGCAUGAUCGAUCGAGUAUCGAGAUACGUCGACUCAGUGAUGGAUGAGGAAGCGCCCGCUUCUACAGCGCUUGGACAGUUCCUUCUUAAUGCUCUCGCCUUGGCUCCAAAAGUUGACCCUGCUGAUAUUGAAAAUGACUUUAAUAACCACAUCCAAGAUGUCCUGGUGGUUUCCUACCUUGCCAACACCAUCCGCACACAAAUGGAACUUUCCAACCGAUUAGCAACUGCCCAACUAACCCUCGGUGGCGAGGGUGCGGGAACUGCUGCUGCAGGCGGCUCAGGAGAAGCAGGAGGACAGCGAGGCGGCCGCGGAGGCGGUCGGGGACGGGGUGGCCAGCAACGAAAUCAAGACCGCGGUGGAGUCGAAGCAUGAAGGGAAUUUUUGAUACAUGCAAUUUUCGCAAUAUGCAAAUUGCAACUAAAACAAAUACCAACCUGCGUCCAAUGGUUCAUCCAUGCAUCAAGAGUACAUUCCUAGUUUUCUCUUCCUCGGGAUGUAGUCGGCGGAUAUGACUUUGCCCCUGAUUUUUACCACACCAUUGCAGUGUUGCUCGGGUUGGGGCAAAAGCAAGGCGUCAUUGGAGUCGUUUUAUUGGAAUCCAUUUUUCAUUUCUUUUUUCAUCCUUCCUGUUCCUUAUCCUUCAUGAUCUUCUUUUGCGACUUUUGCUGGUUUAUUCAGAAGACGGCAAAAGGGUAUUGUCUUAGUAUGCGGACAUGACGCGAUGAAACGUAUGUAGACUGUUUUCUUUUGUCAUAUCGGGAUAUCGUGUCUACUGUGGAAAAGCGAGUGCGACAUGUCAAUGAAUGAUGUGGUAUAGAAUCUUAAAUUAGACUUAAUUUUAUCACCCACCAAGGCGCGUUUGAGUUGCACACGUAAUCAAAGAUAUCAAGAGUGAUUGAACUCUUGCUACCAUUCUGGUUGCUUGUCAACCUAGCAAUCUGAUACGAGUGAAAUCCAAUCAUUGUUCCCAAACGCCAUCGCAAUGCAAUGUAAACACAGCGGCAUCUAAAUAGCCUAAUCGAGUAAGGAAAAUGAACCUUUUCACCUCCUAAUCCAACGCGUCACAUUAAGCAACGGAGCCCCCAGCACUUCUCCGCUUCUUCGACAGGUCCCCGUCAGAAACCGAAUCCGCCCCUCUCUUCCCCGUAGCCUUAACAGACAAAGCCUUCCCCUUUCCUUUCUUCCCUACCGUUGUCCCCGUUCCAGUCCCCGUCCCUCCAGCCACAGACCCAUCUCCACCAUCAGCAACCGGCUCAGCCAAUUCCUCCAGCCCCUUCUUCCCACUAGCCCCGACCUGGUCAUCGUUCUGGUCAAAAGCUCUCCUGGCCUCUUUGAGCUCGCGCUCGAUGCGGAACAGUUCCUGCACACGGCCUAGUUUGACGGGGUCACGGCGGAGUGCGAAGCGGAAGUCGUCCACUUUGAUUUUC